GACGGGAUUCCGCAGAUCUCCAGGAGCCCAGCCAGACGACAUGAUCACACCACAUCGCGCCACUUGCCGCCCGGUGGCACGGUGGCGGAUCGGAAGGGCGACCAUGGAACAUUGAAUGCACCCCUUGCCUGAGAGGAGGCCCAGCGAGGGAGGGAUGUCUGCAAGCCCUGGCUCCGUUGCGAAAGCCGUCUCGGCCCGGCACGUGGAUUUGGGCUCACCCCUCGCGCGGCCCGCGGCGACCAUGGCGCCCGAACAGCAGCCGAGCGAGGACCCCGAGGCUUGCCCGGCGCAGCCGCGCGCCGAAACUGCCAGCGCACCCGAAGGCCCGCCGCCCGCGGCGCCGGCCGCCGGCGGCGGCCCGACGCCCCCGCACGGCGGCGCCUCCGUGCAGACCGUGGCGAGCGACGCCUCGGGGAGCAGCUCCACCGGUGGCCCCGCGCAGGCGUCGGCAGAAGGUUCCGGCGUCUCCAGGCGGCUCCGCAGGGAGAUCACCUGGGCCCCCGGGCUGCAGGGGCCGG